CAGCCAAGGCCACUUCCGGUAGCCGGCCUGUGGCGGAUCCCGCCUUGGCCGCCGCGUCCCCGCAGGCGCCUCUUUCUCGGCCGCCGCCGCCGCCGCGGCGCCUCGCCUGAUGGCGGCCGGCUGAGGGCGGUCAGGCCCGGCUCGGCCUUCCCUCGGCUCGCUAUGGCCGGCGAGGAGCCGCAGAAGUUCCUGGCGCCCGACGAGCCCGGCGCCAUCCUCUCGCCGCUGCCGCCGCCCCGCCACCCGCCCGGCCUGGGCGACGAGGGCCCGGCCUGCCUGGACGUCAGCGACUUCGGCUGCCACCUCUCCUCCUGCCACCGCACCGACCCGCUGCGCCGCCUGCACGCCCACAGGUGGAAUUUAACGUCUUGUGGCACAAGCGUAGCCAGCUCCGAAUGUAGCGAGGAGCUCUUCUCUUCAGUUUCUGUGGGCGACCAGGAUGACUGUUUCUCUCUCUUGGAUGACCAGGAGUUGACCUCUUUCGACCUGUUCCCUGAGGGGAGUGUCUGCAGUGAUGUCUCUUCCUCCAUUAGCACAUACUGGGACUGGUCAGAUAGUGAAUUUGAAUGGCAGCUCCCUGGCAGUGACAUUGCAAGUGGGAGUGAGGUGCUGUCUGACAUAAUUCCCAGCAUCCCAAGCUCCCCUUGCCUGCUUCCGAAAAAGAAGAACAAACACCGGAAUCUCGAUGAACUUCCCUGGAGUGCGAUGACCAACGAUGAGCAGGUGGAAUAUAUUGAAUAUCUGAGUCGGAAAGUCAGCAUGGAAAUGGGUCUUCGAGAGCAGCUUGACAUUAUUAAAAUUAUUGAUCCGAUGGCUCAGAUUUCGCCCACAGACAAUGAAUUUAUUAUCGAACUGAACUGUCUCACGGAUGAAAAGCUGAAACAGGUCCGAAAUUACAUCAGGGAGCACGGCCCUCGGCAGCGGUCAGCCAGGGAGACCUGGAAGCGGAGCAGCUACAGCGGGGGCAGCGCCAGCGGUGUGAGCGGCGUGAGCGGCAGCAGCAGCAGCGCAAGCAUGGUCAGCUCGGCCAGCAGCAGCAGUUCAAGCAUUGGGAACUCGGGUUCGAAUUCCAGCGCCAACCUCAGUCGGGCUCACAGUGAGAAUAACUUAUCGACGAGUGCUGCAGAACGUAUCCGGGAUUCAAAAAAACGCUCCAAGCAGCGGAAACUUCAGCAAAAGGCUUUGCGGAAGAGGCAGCUGAAAGAGCAGCGCCAGGCGCGGAAGGAAAGGCUGAGCGGCUUGUUCCUGAACGAAGAGGUCUUGGCGCUAAAAGUGACCGAGGAGGACCACGAGGGAGACGUGGAUGUUUUGAUGUGAGAUAGGAAUGUAGUGAUCAGUGUUCUUUCUAAGCCUUAAGCUUCACGCUAUUGUUUACAUACACUUGUACCAAAACGUGGAUUGAAUCAGGACUAGCUGUCCUCUUUCCCCUCCUCCUCCUUAUGUCACUUACCUGUGAUUGUCUAGUUUUGGUUAUUUGGUUUUUCUUUUCUUUUUUGCAAAAUUGUAGGAAAUCAGGAAGAUGUUCUUUAAAAAGGAUGGAGUAUUUUGUUUUCAGAGCAACCCACUGGUUAAAAACAAAACAAAAGAAAACUGCAUUUCUGUCUUUCAUUCCAUUCAAAUUAUGGAAAGAAAACCCUUGGAUUUAAAUUUGAAAGUAUUUUUCUUCUGUCUUCCUGCUACGUAAGUCUUAACGGUUAAAAGAAAGGAAUAUAGUCUGUGAAAACAAUAAUAUGCUUUGUCAGGACUUUUUCUUCUUUGCCACUGCAGUUGUAGGCUAAACUUUAUUCCUUAGGUUUCUUGAAAUUGCCGCUGUAAUUUCACUUAACGUGGGGUUUCAGAACCGUACGACAGGGCUGUUCUGGUGAUCCAGUUGGUGGUUUUAAAUCUGUGUUUUUCUCUCUGUUUUCCACAAAGCAAGAGAGUAUAUUUUGGAUUAGUCGUAAUAAUGCUUUACUUGUAGAUCUUGGUAAGGCAGGCGUUUUAUGGUGGCCUGGAGUUUGGUAUCAAGCAGUGGAGAAGAAAUAAGAAAUGCUUAUUGACAAAUACAUAUUUCUUUUUCCCCAAUGCAUGUAUUUCUUCUUCUGUUCCAAAUCCCCAUAGUGUCGUGCCUUAAAAUUAAUUUGCUUUUUUUCUGUUGCUUAAUAUGGAAAUUUAGAGGACGGGGAGCAAAACGGCAAGAAUAAAGACGAUCAAAGCACCCCAAAGUUCUUCAAAGCAUAAUUAGCUCAUCCUGCUUUUUUCUUGAAGAACCCCAAGCGAACUCGCUCUUGUACAUAAAAAGAGAAUUUUUUUAUAUUGAAAAACCAGAUGUUACAGAUUCAGCUGGAGGGCUGCAUUGCUCUUUAGUUAAUAUCGAUAGCUAAUGUUGAAGAAGUGCCAUGGGAUGAAGCAGCUGUUUAGGCCAAGGUGUUUGAAAGAGUAUUGCAAUAGUCUAUGAUGUGGCCUCAAAGUAAUUUAAGCUUCCAUUAUUUGUGCAGAAGGACUGAUGAGAUUUCCUUCUCUGUUCCUAAUACUUUGAUUUUAGAUGCACAAGCUUCAGAGCUGAGCUGUGCAUUGCUUACUUUUGGACAGAAACACUUUUUUCUGUUUUAAUACUAACCAUUUUGUGCUCUCAUCUGAUUUAAAAUCUGAAUGUUGAGUAGAACAAAACGGUAGCUUGCGUGUAGUUUACUCUUUCUACCAUUUUCAGAUAAUCUAAGAAAAAGGUUUGCAUGAAGCAGUAAUCUUUGAUGACUAGAGCAGAAUGUGAAGUUUUUCAGUCCCCCCCCCCUUGUAGUUUACACAGGGGAAGUAUUUAAACUGUAUUUCAACAUUCUAUCUGAUCCAUAUUAAUGUAGUGUACACAGUACUUGGUAGAUGUCGAAUAUUUAUAGAUGUUUGAAAGCUCGCUAGAUUAUUUCUACAAGCCAAAUUCUUCUUUGUUUCAAUUUUUAAUCCUGGAUUAUAGUUUUGGCACAUAGUUACAUUUAUUAUGAUCAUCAAUUUUGCUCAAGAACAGGAAAAUUAUUCUAAAGUACUGUAGCCAAAUCAUACUCUGUGAGUACUAAGGCAGAUUAAAAUGUGGUAGCCCAAUACUCGGUGUUGUAACAAACUUUGAAGAAGUAUGAUCCCUCUUCAUAUUCUAGUCCUUAAUUUCUGUAAUUGCCCAAAAGUUUCCAAUUGCUUUAAUCCUGCCCCCCCAGCUAAUUUUUCACCUGUGUGUAUGUGUGUUAAAAUAAUGAUUGUUUACAGUGUCUCAUGUGUUGGUUCCUGGUUAACAACGGCUAAGAUAGUUUUAAAAAUUCAAAACGCUUUUGACUUAAGCUGUGGUGUAAAACCACAUGUUUUGGGGUUUUUUUAACGACUUCUUUUUUUUUUACAAAUUUAAAAGCAAUGUUGGAAUAUAGAAAGGAACUAUUUUGUAGCCCGUUGCCUGUGUUCUAUUUAUUGUAAGCUGUUUACAAGCUGCAUAAAUAUUUAAUAAAAUAACAAGGAAUUGAGAGAACAAGUAAUCUGCUUCUCUUACAAAGCUUAGGAGGAGCAUUGAAAACCUGAUUUUUUUUUUUAAAAUUGCUAUUCUGUUAGCUUGAAUGUAACUAUGAAAACCUGUUUACAUUUUGUGUCUGUCUGUGUGUUCUGCUUCCUCACCCACUACAGAUGUUCCAGUAAGCCAAGUAUUUGACUUUAAACAAAGGAGAAAAGCUUGUGUGUAAAAAAAAAAAAAAAAAGAUUGCCUAGAAUGCUUUGGUAGUUCUAACCACUGAGAUAUUUUCUUGAUCUAGAGUAAAGACUUUACUCCUUUCCAUUUUGUUUGUUUUAUUUUUCUACGUGGCGUUGAAAUAAAAGAGUUUCUAGAGAGAAAUUAUCUACAUCAAAUUGUAUAUAUGCGACUGUAAAAAGUCCUUUUCAAGGCUCCUGUAUCAUAGUUGUUGAGAAACACUGUUAUAGAACAUUAGCCAAAUGUCUUAAUUCUAAAAGAAAACCCUAAUAGGUUUGUCAUCUAUCUCUUCUUGACUUAUUCCCACCUUAUCCCUCUGGUUCACUUUAGCAAUAGUUAACUCAUCCAUCCUUUUGAAGGUUAAUAACACUUUGUUGGUGGGUCCAUCAGAUCAUGGUUUAUCCUGGCAUUCUCCGUUCAUUUGGUACAUUGGUUUAGGAUUCAACUGCUGUAGGGAAUGAGAUUGAGGUGGUUACCCUUCUUCCCUCUGGGGUCAAAUGUUUGUGUACUUUCUUGAGGUCUUUGUGGGAAAUUUUAGGUAAUAUGGCAACUUGACUAAUCAAUUCAAAAGUCAUUAUUACAUCAGGUUGAGCUCACGAGCCUCUUACUUAAGUGUGGGCAUGUGUAAAGGCAGAGUGCAGUGCAUGCGGCCUCAUAUGUGCUUUUUAUAAUCUGGUUGAGAGAUAAUAGUGUGUAAUAAUGGGUGAAAACAAAUGUGAGCUUCAUAACCAAAGCAAAGAGACAAAUUUUUAACUUUGGCGAGGAUGCUUGAAAUGGAGAUCUAUAUCUAUCUAUCUAUCUAUCUAUCUAUCUAUCUAUCUAUCUAUCUAUCUAUCUAUCUAUCUAUCUAUCUAUCUAUCUACCUACCUACCUACCUACCUACCUACCUACCUACCUACCUACCUACCUACCUACCUACCUACCUACCUGAACUGUUUCCUAAUUUUCUGCCACAAUGUAUAUUGAAACAGACUUGUAUAUACAAUUUUUCAUUGUACAUUCUGUAUCUACUUACUGUAGUGUUUGUAGAAUCCAUUCCUGUUUUGUCCUUGAUGUUGCAAAAAUUUAACUGCUAAGUAUAAAUAUUGGGCAUCGUGAUUUGCUCCCUCCCCCCUUAGCUCUGAAUUGUAUUUAAAAAUGGUCACAUAAAAAUAAUAGUCUGGGUUGGCAUUAAAGACAAGAUAUGCUGAUGCAAA